UUUCUUCGAAUGGAUCUCCGACUAGAAUACUUCAUGGGGGGGGCGGCAUCUCCGGAUACACAUUGAGGUUGUGCAAAAUGGAUAAUGUGUGCACAACCAAAAUUAAGCCCAGGAUUGUUGGAGGAACCACAUCUGUUCAUGGUGAGUGGCCAUGGCAGGUGACCCUACACAUCACCUCGCCUGUCCAGGGACACCUGUGUGGAGGCUCCAUCAUUGGAAACCAGUGGAUACUGACAGCUGCUCAUUGCUUCUCUGGGGUAGAGACAUCUGAAAACCUGCGUGUCUAUGGUGACAUUGUAAAUCAAUCAGAAAUAAAUGAAGAUACUGCUUUCUUCAGGGUUCAAGAAAUAAUAAUCCAUGAUCAAUACAAGAUGGCAGAAACUGGGUAUGAUAUAGCCCUGUUGAAACUGGAGUCAGCCAUGAAUUAUACAGAUUCUCAGCGGCCGAUAUGCCUACCUUCUAAAGGAGACAGGAACGUACUGUACACAGAGUGCUGGGUGACUGGAUGGGGGUACACCAGACCACGAGGCGAAAUACAAAAUACUCUCCAGAAAGCCAAGGUACCAUUGGUGUCAAAUGAAGAAUGUCAAACAAGAUACAGAAAGCAUAAAAUAACCAACAAGAUGAUCUGUGCAGGAUAUAAAGAAGGGGGGAAGGAUGCAUGCAAGGGAGAUUCUGGAGGGCCGCUGUCCUGUAAACACAGUGGGGUCUGGCACUUGGUGGGCAUCACCAGCUGGGGUGAAGGCUGUGGUCAAAAGGAAAGGCCAGGUGUCUACACCAACGUGGCCAAGUAUGUGGACUGGAUCUUGGAGAAAACUCAAACGGCAUGAAAGAGUUCACUAGGUAUCAUUUGGGGGCCCUGGAAGGUUAUUCCACAGGAGAAGCCUUGACGCCACUGACGAACACCCUGGGGUGCUGCAUCCUCCCCCGAAACACACUGAAGGAGCUCGAUGAAUGUAAGAAAAUACAGAAAGAAAACUUAUUUUCGGAACUCCUGAUCUGUGAGAAUCAUAGCUUGUUUUCCACAUCCACAUUCAUCUACUCAAUGAAACCGAUGCAACAAGGGGAAUCUUUUUUUUAAGAUAAAAAAUAUAGCAGAUAUACCAAAAAGUAUCAAGCAGUGCUGCCAUUUGCCUUUUAGUCUCUGUGACAAACACCCGAAGCGGUUCAUGGGAAGAAAACUUCUCUUGCCCGUCUUUCCAGAGGUUUCAGCCUCUGCUCUGGUUGACUGGCUCCCUGGUUUUAGCCCGAGGUGAGGCGGAACAAUAUGGCGACAAGAGCCUGUGGAGGAGGAGUUGCUUGUUUCGUGGUAGCUGGAAAGCAAAUGGAACCAGCAAAGUAUUGGGGACGAGACUGGUCCUUCAAAGACAUACUGUCAAUCACCUGCUUCUUCCAGUGACAUCCCACUCCCUAAAAUCCCUGUUCCUUCGCAGAUAGCGCUACUGGCUGGAGACAGCUCACAUUUGAACCGUCACAGGCACCACGAGAUCAGGCAGAAAUGCCAAGGGAACCAUAUAAAGAGUUGUUAAAUUCAAAAUGAAAAUCGAAAGAAAUGUG